ACGAUAAGUCACACAGACGUGUUCUGUGUACUUAACUUGACUUUAUAUCUGUAUCUAUAUAUUUUAUACAAACACACCGGUUUGCACAGCAGAGUGCGCAUUUUCUUUUGCGCAUUUUCUUUUGCGCUCAUCUCGCCUCACGUUUCUGUUGGAGCGGAUUAAGACAGGCAGACAUGGCCAGACCGCUUGUGAUGAAUCCAGCUUUUUUACCUCCUUCAACUAACGGAGUUCUUAAAUCGCUCCUGGAAUACCCGAUCAAACUGCCAUUACAUCAAGAAGAAGUUUAUGACAAGGAGAAGAAGUUAGAAGAUGAGAGGAAUGUCCCGCAGUCUGCCUUCCUGGGCCCAGUACUUUGGGGCAAGACCUUGCCUUAUGAUGCAGAUAAUUUCCAGCUGGAGUACAUGGACCUUGAAGAGUUUCUGUGUGAAAAUGGCAUUCCAUCCAGCCCAGUCCAGCAUGAGCAAACGCAGUGUCCUCAGCAGCAACAGCAACAACAGAGUCCAGUCUCAGUCAUGGAUCUUAGCAACCGAGUCAGCAGCUCCAUCCACACGCCUAUGGUUCCUCAAAGCUGUUUGCAGAGCCCCUUACAACCAGCAGUUCUGCCUCCAUCACGCAACACUCCCAGUCCAGUUGAUCCAGAGUCCAUCCAAGUGCUGAUGAACUAUGAGCCUGACCCGACAGACCUUGCUCUUGCCCAUGUACCCGGCCAGGAAGCAUUUGACCCUCGCAAGCGCAAGUUCUCUGAAGAAGAGCUUAAACCCAAACCAAUCAUCAAGAAAUCUCGCAAAGUCUUUAUCCCAGAAGACAUUAAGGAUGACAGAUAUUGGGCAAGGCGCAGGAAGAACAAUGUGGCUGCCAAGAGAUCUCGGGAUGCCCGGCGCUUAAAGGAAAACCAGAUUGCCAUCCGAGCCGGCUUCCUGGAGAAAGAAAACUCGGCUCUGCGUCAGGAAGUGGCUGAUCUGCGGAAGGAGCUGGGGCACUGUAAGAAUAUUCUAGCCAAGUAUGAAGCUCAGCAUGGUCCUCUGUAGGGCGUGUGCAGUUUAAAGGAUGGUGUAACGGCGUAAGACCCGUUGAGCAUCUGAUCCUGCUAACCUUCACCUCAGUCUGUUCUUGGUACUUUGAGAUGAGAAUGCACUUAGUGUGUAGUCAUGUUCACACUGCUUUAAUUUCAGCCAUCCUGUGUUUUUCUUUUGAUAUAAGCUACUACAGCAGGUGGAUGCUACUAAGAAUGUUAAGUUCUCAUUCCUGAGUUCUUUUAAUGUAAUUCAGAAAUCUCUAGAGUUUCUUUCUACAUUUGUACAUAAGUUAGAUUGUUGUAUAACAUCUACAGUGUUACAGUUAUUUUAAGGAUGUUAAAAGUUAAAUUUGCAGGCGCUAUGUGUUAAAAGCUGUUGAGUACAGUGGUACCUUGAAACUCAAUGUCAGUUGGUUCUGGGACUGAUGUUGAGUUUAAAAGGAGUUGAGUUUCAAGGUAUUUUUCACCAUAAGGAUGUUCGGGAAACCUGUUAAUGCGUUCCAUGGUCCCGUGGAACUGCAUAUAUUUUAGGCUUAUGUAAAAAUAAUCGGGUUGUUUUCACUUAUACACUGAAAAUAACACAAAUAUAAUAUAAAAACACUGAAAUAAAGAUCUGAUUAUUACAAUUUCUCAGAACCCCGAGCUGUAACACAAGUUUAAAAGUGAAACAGGAGGAAAAUCCAGCUAAACACAGAUACAUGUGGAGCUUUCAGAGUGAAUCUGACGGUUAUUCCACACAAAUGCAGAUUCAUCGCAUAUGCACACUUUGAUGACGUAUUACCGCACCGCUCAAGCCGAGCGCUGAACAAAACGACUGUUCAUUGUUAAUUUGAAAUGAAAUAAAUACAUUUUAAAAACAAACUGAACACGUUAAGUUUAAAUUUCUCGACGAAGGGUGUUGAGUUCCAAAGAUUUUGAGUUUAGGAGACGUUGAGUUACAAGGUACCACUGUAUAUUUGGUGGUAAAUCAGCACAGAGGUGGCAAAACAGUUGGGUGCUGUGAAAAUACAUCUGAAAUACAUAUAUUUAGGCCUUACCUCGAAGGUAAGUGUCUUUACAUAGAACUGUUACUCAAACUAAAGAUUAGAAUGUUUAGCUUCAGUUAUUAACUAGGACUAAGAAACCAUUUUAUCAAACUUGGUACUUGUAAAUUUCAUUUUGACCCCCACUUCCUACAAAUACUACCUCUGGUGAAAAAUACAUCACAAUUAUUAUUAGGAUUUUACACGCAAUAAAUAAACUUGGCUCAAAGCACAGAACCUUUUUCUAUAACAACUGUCCAGUUUUCUUGUACAUAACUAUUGCUUUACUUUUUACCUUGUCAGCUGAAUCGUAUUUUCACUUUACAGUACCUACUUUCUUUUUUUUUCUGAAUUUCUGUAUGAUAAAAACAAAACAUUUGUGUAGACGUAAAUAGCCAGGUUCAUUAUUAAACAUUACUAUAACAGCAUGGAUACAUUUUACAGAUUUAUAACUCUGUAGAUAAUAAAGUUUGUAUAUUUUGCAUAUAAUUCUCUGUGAGCAACAAGCUGGGUCCACCUCACUGCUUGAAUACCAUUGCAAGAGGCAACCAAUCAGCGUUCUAUAUAUCCAGUUUAUUUCUUUAUAGGUUAUUGCUGACAACAAUAAAAUUAUACACUGAUCAGCCAUAACAUUAAAACCACCUCCUUGUUUCUACACUCACU